CUCCGUCCACCUCGCCGCCGCACACAACAACCGCGCGCGCUCACACAUGUGCCCGCCUCCCCGCAGUGCGCCCCCCAUGGCCACUGUGCAUUACGCGGCGCCGCCGCCGCCGCCGACCACCCACGCGCUCUCGAGACCGCGCGCCGACGCCGCCGCGCUCCUCCCCGACGACGGCAGCGACAGCGAGAGCGUCGCGGAGUCGUCGUGCCCCGGCACGUACUCGCGCCAGUCGGCGUCGAGCGGCUUCCUCGGCGGCCGCGACGAGGACGACGACGACGGGUGCAGCAGCUGCGUCGAGGGAAACGAGCUAGGCGGCGGCUACCACUACCAGGAAGCUGACGACGACGAGGACGACGAGGUCAGCACCGCGACCGUGUGGUGGAAGAAGCGGCUAGCUGCCGGGGACAGCUGCGCGUUCCAGCCGUCGGUGGCUCGCGAGGAGGCGGAGGACCCGGAGCGGGUGGCGGCGCGGCAGGCGGAGGACCGCAAGUUCUGGGAGGACUGCCUCGGCACAGGGUAUCCAUGAGCUACGGUUAAGCUGCCGCUAGCUCUACGGACGGUCAACACGCAAAGACCAUGGCGAAAGAAGCCAUGGACACUACGCGCGCUUGAUCAACACAAGCGUAUGCGCGCCUCCUUCUUUCAGUACUCUUAAUUAAUUCUUCAUUUGUACAUAUAUAUUCACAAUUGGUUUCGCAAGAUUCUUAGAGAUUUGUUCUGGUCCAUGUUCUCUGGCGAUUCCAGGGGCAUAUGUAGACCAUGUUUGGCAAUUGCCAGCACACAUACUCCCUAGUCUGUAUUGCAACAAAUUCUCAGAAAAUGAUUGUUUUUCAAGAGAAUUUGAUACACCAGUGAUUCAAGCA